AUGAAAAAGUUUAAUAACCGAGACUAUGAUAUGAAGAAUCUUUGCAAACGAAUUGCUUGGAAUCUUGAAAAUUUAUAUAAUAUCCUUCCUUACAGAGACUCUAAGGUUCGGUGUUCAUAUUUUAAUCAUUGGAUAUAUAAUGAAAUAAGGAAACUGUUGGUUACUGAAUAUAAUUUUAAAAAAGAUGAGAGUGCUGUUUUUAAGUUACUCGAUUUAGGAUCUGAUAUGAAUCGAAAUUUACGAAUAAAUAGUAAAAUUGUUUCCGAUUAUGAUAAAUGCAAUCUUUAUAGCAAAUAUAUUAAGUAUAUUCUUAAAAUAUAUGAUACUCAUAAAUACGACUGUUGUGAUUCUGAUUGGCCGUAUGAUAGUGAUUGUCCUAAAUAUUUUAAGUGCCAUGGAUAUUACAAUCCGGAGAGUCUCUUAUCAUUAUUGAGAUGUAAUGAUACUUCAUUAGGUGCACAUGUGCUAGAAAGGGUACCCGAAGAACCAAAAUUUCGAGAGGAAAGUCGUGAGAGAUUUAGACCACAAAUUGAGAAUCGAAGUGGCUCUUUUCCAGACAUAGAAGUUCGUGAAAUAAAGGAAAAUGGAUUUCAAAAUCCUGUUGUACCUGAAAUAAUGCGAGUAAAGGGUCCACAAUUUCCCACAGAAGCAGCUCUCCGGAGACGCCUAGAUACUUCUCGUUCUGAAGUAGAUGGUUCAGAAGGUAACUUAGGUAGUAGGAAUCGCAGAUUAAUGCAAACUACUAGAGCGCCAAGUCAAGAAUAUUUGGGGGAAGGCAUUAGAAAAGAAGUUGAUUAUAAACCAGCAGUAACUGAGAUUACUCACGUUCAGUACACGGAAAAAGAAGAUGAAAAAGUAACCAGCGAAGGAGGGAUCUCUUACCAAUUAACUUCUGGCCCAUAUAAAACGGAAGAUAGAGGUACCUUUUCAGCAUACAAUGGUGAAAGUGAAAUUUACACUAGUGGAGGUGGAAGUUACACUGAGAUGUCCGAAUAUGGAGGAGAUGAGCACACAACUUCAGGAGGGUUUAGUUCUCAUUUCUCUAAUAUUCUCGAAUCAUUAAAAAACAAUGUUUACACUGUUUCCAUUGGCUCUGUAGCAUCUGCGGGAUUCUUGUAUUUUUUUUAUAAUUAUUUUAAGGUAAUUACAAAAUAUCUUUUACAAUAUAAAAAAUUUACCUUCAGAAAAUAUUUACUAUUAUAA